CUCUUCUUCUUUCUUUUUCUUCUUUCCUUUGUACUUUCUUUCUUUUCUGAUAGAUAACAGUUUUUUUUGUAGCUGACGAGCGGCGAAAGCGCAUGACUAUACAAACAGCCAACCAAUAAGGCACCAUGGAAUCACCGUCACCUUCAUCUUCGACGACUUCCUCAACUGUCCCUUCGCCUUCAUGCUCACGAAGCAGCAGUACAUCGUCGGCUCCAUCAUCAGUAUUUUCUUUACCACAACAGCGACUCGCGUGGCCUAAGCCAUCUCGAAUGGCUGCACCAACGACGAGUACAACGUGCGGUACCAUAACCCAAUAUUUGACCUUGAUUGCCUCUUAUCUGUUCGUCGGGGUCCUCACCGCUUUCGCUAUCACGUGCUUGUUUUGUUUCUUUCUUGCUAUCCGCCUGGUCGAUGAUAUGUUCCGUAGCAUUGUACCUUCACGAAUUUGGUCUGUGGUUCGGAGCCAUAUCGCAACGAUGGAUUGGGCAGGCACUCUCAGCCAUUUCAGUUUGCGGCUGGCGCGAUUGGCAGAGUGGGAGAAAAGUAGCCGUGCCUCUUUAUACCCGUCUUUUAGCGAACGAUUUGCCAAUAUUGAUGGCGACCGAUUACAUGCCUUUCUGUUUUCUUUGAGCGGAUUCCUUGCAAAUUAUCGCCGCAGGCCUUGAUCAUUUCUAGUAGCUCAUCGUACUACUUUAUUCUCUUUACGCAUAUAUAAACCCUCACCCGCUACACCCUCGCUCUUAUAAUUCAUCAUCUCCACAUGUUCUUCUCGUCUUGUCUCUUUCCUUUUUGCUGUAUUAUAAACAUUUUGUUAUAUUUGAAAGUUGGACUUUUAGUAAUCGUCAUAAUGCACUCAACAAGCCCAUUAUUAUGUUAUGCAUAUUGUAUAUUAGAAAACUUGCUAUGCGAGAGCUAACGAACAAAAACAAACAAGUUUUGUUUUACAAUCUCUAUUGUAACUAUUGAGUACCAUAUAAUAUCAUAGCUGUUUAUUAUGCAUGUUAUCUCUGCAUAUAACCGUUUUCGACAAAUAUUAUUGCC